AUGACAGAUCGUGACUACGUCGUUACCGGGCACGGCACCAACAAGGAGGGCAAUCACUGGUGCACGCGCGAUUAUGGGAGCCGCGGUACUGGUCACCAUUACUCUAACCAGUUCAGACGGCUCCUUUACUAUGAGAAUCCAAACGGGUCCAAAUACUACGAGAACGCGGACGGAAAAGCAACUUUCACAACCCCGGAUGACCAUAUCGUCAAGCUCCAGAAGUAA